UCAAUAAACUUUACUUGUGAUUUUUAUUAUCCAUUCAUCAUAUUUGUCUCUUAUUUGUUCGUUUUUUUCCGCUGUUUACUUCCUCCCUGAGAUCAGGAGAGCUGGAAAGGUCAAACCAGAGCCAUAACAGAGAGAAACCUGCCAGUGAAGUAAAAUUUUUUGUUGCUCGGCACAUCGUCUCCAUAAAUUUUAUAUCUAUGGUCCGUUUUUUGUGUAAGGGCGGUUAGGCGUCUAUGAUAGGAUUUGAAAUCGAAGAUUGAUCCGGGGUCAACACGCGUGCUUCGUCAAAAUUAACCUAUAAUUCAAAACAGUUUAUGCUCUACCACGGGCUGUAAAUUUCUUUUAGAUAUAAAUAUACUCACGCGAUGACUGACGAAGCUCCUCCUCUAUUGGAUAAUUCUAGUUUUGAAACUGACAGGAUAAGCGAUAACGAUAGCGGCGAUGAUUGGGAUGAAGUUAACGAUGCAACGCAAAAUAUCACCUGUCUCUUCUGUGUUGAUGUUUUUGACAAUUUUCCAUCGGCCAUAAAACAUUUAGAAUCCUUGCACAAAUUUAAUCUUACAGAUUUCAAGAGAAAGUAUUCAUUGGAUAUAUAUUCAUAUAUUAAACUCAUAAAUUAUAUCAGAGCUAAUAAAACUAAGCCAGAAGAACUGGAUUCAUUGAGUCUCAAAAUAUGGGAAAGUGAUAAAUAUCUGGCACCUGUUCUUCAAGAUGAUAGCUGGUUAAUGUUGGAUAUCGACGAUUUUAAUGAUGCCGAUAUCAAAAAACCUACUGCCUAUCCUGUGAACUCGGAAAAUGGUUGCGUCACUUUGUCAGAAAUUCAUUUUGUCGAACUUCAGGGAACCAUACAGUCUCUCAGAGCUCAACUUGAGCAUAGCGAAGUUGCGUAUCAACUGGCAAAAGAACAAAUCGAGGAAAUGAAGGAAAAAGCACAAAGGCUUGUAUUAGAUGAUGACUUGACGAAGUCCACCAGUGAAAUGUGUGUCAAAAAUAAAAGCUUGGAAUGCGAUGAAGGAUACUUUAAUACGUAUAGUCAUUUCGCGAUUCAUCAUGAAAUGCUUACGGACAAAGUUCGUACCGAAAGCUACCGUGAUGCGCUGCUGACCAAUUCAAACAUGUUUAAUAAUUGUGUCAUAUUGGAUGUUGGUUGUGGAACUGGCAUUCUCUCUAUGUUUGCAGCAAAAUCAGGCUGCCGGCAAGUUAUUAGCGUUGAUCAAUCAGACAUUAUAUACCACGCAAUGGACAUUGUGAGAGAAAAUAAUCUCGCCAAUGUUAUAACAUUGAAGAAGGGUCGAUUAGAAGAUAUCGAUCUUCCUGUAGAUAAGGUCGAUGCCAUAGUGUCUGAAUGGAUGGGAUAUUUUUUACUAUUCGAAGGAAUGUUGGACACAGUUAUUUUUGCAAGGGAUAAUUACCUCGCACAGGGUGGUAAACUUUUGCCAAAUCGGUGCAACAUCAAUAUCGUUGGUAGUGGGGAUACUAACCGCUAUAUUGACCUAGUGGAUUAUUGGUCCAAUGUUUACGGAUUUAAAAUGAGUUGUAUGAAGCCAGAAGUGGUGAGAGAACCGAGCAUAGAAGUUUGCCAUGUGCAAGAUCUGAUCACAAAUGUUUGCGAGCUCCAAUCGUUUGAUCUUUAUGAAGUAACAACAGAAUGUAUGAAUUUUACAUCACCGUUCAGCCUUAAGGUCAAAAAAACUGGAUCUUUGACCGCCAUUGUCGGAUAUUUUGACGUGUUUUUUGACUUGGAUAAUCCUAUACAAUUCAGUACCGGCCCUCACGCAACUCCCACACAUUGGAAGCAAACUGUGUUCUCCUUAAGCGAGCCAAUAAGCGUUACAGAAGGAGAGACAGUAAACGGAAAAUUAAUAUGCCGAAGGCACGUCAAAGAUGUGAGAGGUCUUGUUGUGACAAUCCAGCUAAAGAGUUUUAGUCAAGUGUAUUAUUUGGACUAAGAAAUCAACGCCGUUGAGUAGCCAGUAGAAUUUUGAAAAAAGUUAUCAAAAUUCACGUCGAAUUUUGGGUAAAAGAGAUACUUCCUAUUAGGGUGAGUUUUAGUACUUGCAACUUUUAUGCAAUUCGCAUUACUUAUAAAUGGUAUUUAGCCAAAAAGAAUAUAAUGCAGAACUAUUUGUUACAUAAUUUUUUUUACACACAGUGGCUGAGUCGCGUUCACAAGUGGUAUUUUUUUUUUUUUUUUUUUUCUCUGGAUUGCUUCCGUAUUAUUUAUAAUUAUCUCAGUUUUCGUCAAAUGUAUUCAGUUGAACGUAUACGAAUGAUGUCGAUAAAACGCGAAUAUAGGUUUAUGUUUAUCUAUCGGGUAAAUUUCACUUUGCGAAUCUUUUUCCACCUCUAUAGUAAUAAUAACGCUAUGAAGUUGGAUUAUAUAGACCUAAAUCUUACAAGAGAUUAGCUUUUAUCUACCUAGGCUCCGUCUAAUGCCCGUCUGUGAUAUCUAUAUCCAAUGAUGAUUAUAUAUAUAUAUUGAGAAUUUAGAUCAGCAACGAAAUAGCAUUUCUUAAUUGCGCACGCCUAUCUAUACGCAAAUAUUGAAAGAGGUAGUAAGCCUUUAUGUAUUUUAAUAACCAUACACUUAUAGUAAAAAGGUGUAAAAAAAUAAAAUAAAAUUAAAAAUUCGCAGUUACAUUUAAUUGUUAUUUUCUAAACUUCUAUUAUAAUACAUAUUGUAAAAUUUACAAAUUUCAUUAAAAUUAUAAAAGUUCAAUCUAAUAGCAUUAUCGUAAUGAAAAACGAAAAAAACGCGUUAUAUAUUUGACAAACGGAACGUUGUCGAAUAUACUACAAUAUAAUACAUCAAACGUUACUACAUAAACUCUACAGAUCAUUUUUAAUCAAAAUAUUUAUAAAUCCUAUCGGAUUCUUUAAUAUCUUAUUACCAGGCUUAUAUGCAUUUACUUCUUCACUCUGUAGAAUUGACAAUCAUUAUUCUAGCUGUACGUAAUUAUACCUAUGAGUAUAAUAAACUUCAAGAAGCUGAAUACAUUAUAAAUCGAAUAAAAACGGUAAUUUCGUCUUUUUAUUCUUCACUUUUAUAUCCAUUAGACGAUCGCGCACCAAAUUUAAAUAGUAUUAAAAGCAUAAAAAAAAUUGUCCCUGUGACGGAUUAGUGAAAAUUUCUUAUCCUCUCAAACAUGUUAUGCAAACGUUAUAUGUUCUAUAGAAUACGUUAGGUAAAUUUGCUCUGUCGGUUGAAGAGCAUUAAUAAUUUUGACAGAUCUGUCAAUGAGUCCACACCGUAUUUUCAAAUUACGCAUCAAUAUAAUCGUGUUAUUUUUUUCAUUAAUAUUUUCAACGCUUUUAGUUUCAAUAACACGAUUUCCAAAUCUGAUAAUUUCUUCUGCUCGCUUCGUGAUUUGUUUCAUC